GGGGGAGGGCAGGUUAAAAUGCUUCUUUCUUCGUCGUCCGAGUGCCCCGCUUGCCGCCUACCACAAAAAACCCUCUUUACCUAUCCAGCCAAACCCGUGACUCCCAAAAACAAAAACCGUUUACUUCCCCUACUCCCAAUUCUCCAAUUUCUGUCCCUGCGGGUCCAUCGCCACCGUCCAAUUCUCCUUUCCACUCCUCAAACCCUUCUCAUAUGUGUGUGUAUAUAUAUGUAUAUGUGUAAGCUCAUUUUAUCAUGCACAGAAAGCUCUUCAGACUAAAACCCACUCCCCACUCCUCUUUCCUCCUCAUCGCCAUGGCCUCUCUCUCCUUUCUCGCUCUCCUCCUCUUCUGCUCUCUCUCCUCCGCCCUCCGCCACCACCAUCACUCCCGGCCGUCGCCCUCGGUGGCCGCGAUCCCGCCGGAGAUCAGCCAAGCCUGCAAUGCCACACGAUUCUCAGAUGUCUGCAUAGCUGCCCUCACUCAACCGAAUCGGGUCCCUCCGAAAGCUAGUUCGAUUCAGAUAAUCCAGGCCGCCAUCCAGGUCUCCUCCGAGAACUUGGGGACCGCCCAGACCAUGGUGAAGCGCAUCCUGGACUCCUCCGCCGGCAGUCUCAACCGCACCACCGCAUCCAAAAACUGCAUCGAGGUGCUCGCGGACUCCGCGUACCGCACCUCAUCGACGGUCGACGCUCUGCCACGCGGCAGGAUCAAGGACGCCCGCGCCUGGAUGAGCGCGGCCCUACAUUACCAGUACGCCUGCUGGUCCGGCUUGUCCUACGCGAACGACACUGGACUGGUGAAUGAGACGAUGUCGUUUCUGGACUCGUUGACGCAGUUGACCAGCAACGCCUUGAGCAUGAUCUUUGCAUACGACGCGCUGGGAAACGACACCGGGUCUUGGGUUCCGCCCCAGACGGAGCGGGACGGGUUCUGGGGGAGAGCUGGGUCGGGCGGCGGGGCGGAUCUUGGAUAUAAGGGCGGGAUUACGGCGGGAUUGAAGGCGGACGCGACGGUGUGCAAGGACGGAGCCAAGGGGUGCUACAAUACGGUGCAGGAGGCGGUGAACGCUGCUCCGAGCCACGGGUCGCAUAGGUUCGUGAUACAGAUCAAGGCCGGAGUGUACGAGGAGAUGGUGAGGGUUCCGUUGGAUAAGACACGUUUGGUAUUUCUGGGGGAUGGCGUGGGCAAAACCGUCAUUACGGGAUCGGCGAAUGCGGACCAGCCCGGCGUGUCUACCUACAACACGGCAACUUUGGCGGUUCUUGGAGAUGGAUUCUGGGCGAGUGGGCUGACAAUCCAGAACACGGCGGGGUCGCAGGGCCACCAGGCCGUUGCCCUCCGAUCAGACAGCGACCUAUCCAUCUUCGAGAACUGUGAGUUCAUUGGCAACCAAGACACUCUGUAUGCUGACAGUCUCCGCCAAUUCUAUAAAUCCUGCGUCAUCCUGGGAAAUGUCGACUUCGUCUUUGGAAAUUCGGCUUCUGUCUUCCAAGACUGCACCCUCCUUGUUAGUUCUCGGCAGCCCGAUCCCCAGCACGGUGAGAAAAAUGCUGUCACGGCGCAGGGUAGAACUGACCCUGCCCAGGCCACCGGCUUUGUUUUCCUGAAUUCUCUGGUGAAUGGCACUGCCGAGUACAUGAAAUACUUCUAUGAAAAAGCUGAAGUGCACAAAAACUACCUGGGAAGACCUUGGAAGAUGUAUUCAAGGACAGUUUUUAUACAAUGCCAGUUGGAGGCUCUUAUUAGGCCGGAAGGGUGGCUGGCAUGGAAGGAUACGUUUGCAUUAUCAACUUUGUAUUAUGGGGAGUUUCAGAACAAGGGGGCGGGAGCCGACUUGAAGGAUAGAGUGACUUGGAGCAAUCAGAUUCCGCCGGAGCAUGUGAAUGUAUAUUCUGUGGAGAAUUUCAUCCAAGGCAGUGAAUGGAUUCCAACAUCUUCUUGAACUUUUUCUUCAUUCACAACAAUUACAAUAAUGUCUUAGAAUCAUUACAGUUAUAUUCUGUUAUAUAUUUAUAUGUGACUAUGGGGCUCGGAGAUAA